AUGUCUAGUAUCUCAAAACCCUUCUACGCCGUUAUCGCCGGAGUUGGUGCAGGAACAGGCCGUUCCGUGGCUCUGCGUUUCGCACAGGCUUAUCCGGUCGUCCUGCUAUCACGGAGACCCGAGAGCUACAAUCCCGUUGUCGACGAGAUCCGCCAACAAGGAGGAGAAGCGCUGGGCAUCAGUACCGACUUGACAGAUCCAAAUUCUGUCAAGGCGGCUUUCGAGACUAUCAAGCGCGAAUUGCCAGGGAGACAGCUCGCCGCGGCGAUUUACAACGCAUCCUCCAGACCGUCAAUCAAAUCCUUCCUCGAUACAACCCCGGACGACUUGUCUCGAUCCCUUGUCGGCAAUGCCCAUGGCCUUCUCAACUUCGCCCACUCAGCCCUACCAUUGCUCCUGUCCUCCGUCUCAGCGACGCCAGCUCCGCCUUAUCCUCCCACGCUGAUCAUCACCGGCGCAACGGCGUCACUGAGAGGAUCGGCGCGGUUUGGGGCGUUCGCGGCUGGCAAGUUUGCGGUGCGGGCGCUGGGGCAGAGCCUGGCGCGUGAGUUUGGCCCGCAAGGUGUGCAUGUGGCGCAUGUAAUUGUCGAUGGUGUCAUCGACAUGCCGUUAACGAAGGGUUGGCCUGCUAAUGGAGGCGUGGAGGAUGGAAAAUUGAACCCUGACGCGAUUGCCGACAGCUAUUGGCAUUUGCACACGCAGCACCGCUCGAGCUUCACGCAAGAGCUCGACUUGAGGCCGUACGUGGAAAAGUUUUGA